AUUGUACGCGCAUGUGCGUGUCGUCGUCAGCUGGGCUGAUAGUAAAGGAGAGCCACCGUGAAGAAUGGCUACGAAAGAGCGAGAUAACGAUAAGCCAGUGAAUACUCGCCGCUUCCGGUGCUGACUCAUCGAUGAACUUGACAUACAUCGUGGAAAAAGAAAUGGAAGGAAUACAUCGAAUACUCAUGGAAUCGUGAAUCAUCAAUGAGGAAUCUUGUGUCAAUGGCCAUUAUUGGAAUCCUAUACCGUUGUCAUGGCUUGCAAAUUAUCGUUCCGAUCGCAGAUUGACAUAGAAACUCGCACGUGACAACGUUUAGCCUUUAAUUGACGUUGGUGAGGUGGCGCGCGAUCCAUUGGAGUUAAUUUUUGAAAGAGGAUCGAAUUGGGAAAGCGAGACAAGAGGGUGUCAUUCAACGACUUCGCGGUUGGUAUCAAUGUUAUUAAUAAUUCGAGGAAAAUCCUCGUUACGAGAAGAUGGCGGCUUAGGUUAUACUGUAUGCAUAUGCGUGUCUGACGGUGAUUCUUCCUUCGACGACUGACGAGUCAGUCAGGUCUCCCCCAGCCCUCGGUUCUCGGAGUUUCGAGCGAUCUGAGGUCCUGGCCUCAGUAUCUGGUCGGACGUCGGAGCAAUCAGCUAUCCUGUCGCCCCGCCAUCCUGUCGGCAGUCCGCUGCCACUUACUACAGUCCUGCAGUUCUGGAAUACCUCGGGGGAGGCAGGGGAUAUAACCGUGGUAUUCGCGUAAUCGUCAGUCGACAGUUCUCGCGACGAGUCGAGUCAUAAAAGUGAAUUCGGGUGAACUGUGAAGUGAGGGGCAGUUGGAAGUGCGUGCAGCGGUGGUGUCAUGUCUCCCACAUCCGAGUCUCGUCCUAUGAGCUAAGCCUAAGCUAUUGAGGAGGAACUAAGGAAGGCUGCGGUUGCUCCCUUUGUGCUAGUUAUACGUUAAAAUUCUAUUAACCUCGAUGAAUCUAAUACGAAAAUCAUCAUCAGGGAGUUUGAGCUGCCACAUCCAAGUAGUGAGGACUUGCUAGCCCAGCUACGGGCUCCACGUUAAGAAGACCUACUGUGUGCUAUUAUAAAAAGCCCGUGUCGAACGUCGAAGGCGUAUUUUAAAGAUGCGCGAAUUCAAGGUAGUUGUGCUCGGCUCGGGCGGGGUAGGCAAGAGCGCGCUGACAGUGCAAUUCGUGUCUGGUCUUUUCAUGGAGAAGUAUGACCCCACAAUAGAGGACUUUUACAGGAAAGAAAUAGAGGUUGACAACUCACCCUGCGUUCUCGAAAUCCUAGACACAGCCGGGACCGAACAAUUCGCGAGCAUGCGUGACCUGUACAUAAAGAAUGGUCAGGGUUUCGUCGUUGUAUACAGUUUGACGAACCACCAAACUUUCCAAGAUAUUAAAGCGAUGAAGGAGCUCAUCACACGUGUCAAAGGCACCGAGCGUGUCCCGGUGCUACUGGUAGCGAACAAACUGGACCUCGAACACCAGCGUGAGGUUUCAACGGCGGAGGGUAACGGACUGGCGCAAUUUUGGGAAUGUCCUUUUGUAGAAGCCUCCGCUAAAAACAGGACCAACGUCAAUGAAAUGUUCGCGGAGAUCGUUAGGCAGAUGAACUUCAGCCCUGAGAAGGAACAGAAGAGAUACUGCUGCUGCACUAUACUCUAAUACUUAAUCAAAACCUUGGCCGAGCAGACUGAACGACGAUAGGUAAUAGUUGUAGGUAAAAUAUAAUAAGGCAUAACGAGACUCGGCCGAGUAGUCACGAGCUGUGAAUUAAGAUUGAGAAGAACGGUGACAAUUAUCACCAUGAUUACCAUGAUUAUGAUGAUGAUGAUUACAAUGCUUACGACUAUGCAUUACAAUUUAUUGACGACCAUGUAUAAACUCAGUGACAAAACUAUUACAUUUUUCUAUUCGGGGUAAGAAGAUGAAGGAUAGAAUGAACAUGAAUUUUGAAGAUGGAGAUCGAGAUGAAUAUUACGUUUCAUAAUCUGAAACUAAUUGUAAACAGAUAUUUUAAUAUACCUACGUGAAUAGUAUUAUAUGUGCACGCACAGAGCUUGGCAAGGUGCUCCGUUAUACGUAUUUUAAUUGCAUGAAAACAGUGUCGUGAAUUUUUUCCAAAAUAUCAAGUCUGUUAUGCAUGAAAACUUGACAAGUGUUCAUUGCCAUAACAUGCUUUGAAUUGUUCUAGCAAAAGUAUAUGUCGAACCAAAAUUGUCCAAAACUUUUCCAUCGUGUAACUAAUUUGUGUAACUUUGAUACUGCUAAGAAUGUAAUUUGACAAUCGACAUUGAAUUUAUGCAGUUUUUCUUAUCAACUGCCUUGCUCUGUGGUUGCACAGAUAUGGUAUGUAACAUUAUUGUAAUAUAUAUAUAAUAUACAAAUUAUAGGUGGGCAAAAGAAGAAACUGAAAAGAAUAAAAAACAGGAACACAAUGAGAUGAAAAACGAAUCGUCGUAGUUGCACCAGCUUCAAUAGCUUGAAUAUACCGUAGCAACGAGACUGACAACAACGACAUCGACACUGACACCGACAAUUACGACGACAAAAACGUAGGUAAAGAAAAAGAAAAAUUAAUGUGAACCGAAGAGGUGAUAAAUAAACCUUGACUGCCCUUGUGUUUGUUGGAAAUGGUAGCGAACCAUUAACAACAGACCAAACUAGAUAUCGCUCGCUUUCUGCUCAAUGAAAUGAAGUAAACUAAACUACUUAUAGAAAACACUUGACACCCGUUGUGUAUUCGUCCAACAGGGCCAUAUUACUCGCAAAUUAGGUGCUGAACGAAGAUAAAAAUAAUGAAAAAAAAAAAAUAAGUAAAUGAAUAAAGAGAGAGUAAAUGAAAGCAGGCAAGGGGAUAAAGAAGGAAUUCUAGAGAAAUAAAAUAUGGAGGAGUGGCGCUCCGCGUUAAAGUAAAUCACGAAUUGUUAGUUACACAACGUAGUACCGUAGUAAUAAUAAUGAUAAUAUUAAUAAUAAUAAUAAUAAAGUAACAUUAAAAAGGUAAUAACGAUAAUAUAGCUAUAACAAUAUUAAUAAUAACAAUAAUAAUAAUAAUAAUAUUGAUAUCAAUAAUAAUAAUAAUAAUAAUAACAUCAGCAACAUUAAUAAUAGUGAUAAUAUCUGGAAUGUCGUUGCUUUAUAUACAUGAAUGCACGUCUCUUUUUUAAUACAAUUUGUUACGAGUUUGUUGAGGUAAAGAAUUAAAAAUGUAAAAAAAAGGAAAAAAAAGAAAAUGUCGCUCCCGUAUAUUAGAGGUAGUGAAAUUAUAGGUCGUGUGUAAUUUUCUCGUGUGACCAAAAACUCAUGUACGAUGUUGAAUAUCGCUUGGAUACCACAGCAGUCAUUAUAUUAUAUUAGCUUGAUAUUAGAUUUCAAAUUUCAUUAAUUUCAUUCGACAAGGUGUUUUAGAAAAAAGAUCGUAGAAGAAGAAUAAGAAAAAACCGAAGACAAAAAAAAAGGCAUUGAUAAUAGGUAUAACAACACCAAAUACACCCCGGAUUAAGCAUAUAUAAUAUUCAAUGUUGUAUUUUCUAUCAUAAAACAGUUCUGUGUUCAAUUUUAUUCGUGAAAUAUCUUUCUAUUCAAGUGUGAGAAAGUGGAUUUUAAAUUUCUACUAUGGGAAGUUCCACAUUUAACAUGAUUGUAAAAAAAGCAAAGAGCGAAUUAAACGUAUAACGACCGCCCUGAUUGGCUGAAGAUAAUUUGAUAUGCUUGAAAAAUAUUUAUCCUUAGUUUAUCAUAAAUCCAAUACGAUAACCGACAUUGGACCAUCGACGUAGUAAACUAAUUAUUGCGAAUUAUGAGACUUCCUUUUGUCUAUAUCAUACGUAGUAUGGUGGGUGUGUAUUUUUAUCGAUGCGAAAGUAAUAUCGUCGAGAUUUCUUGAUAAAUGGGGGAAAAGAUGAUGACGAAUCCGUUUAACAAAUGUUAAUAAUAAAACUAUAUGCGUUUAUUAUAUUAAUUAUUAUUAUGGAACGCCGCGUUUGCUUGCUGUAUUUUCUUACGAACAGUGUUCUUCAGUGAUGUUUAAUAAGUUUUCUGUUCUUUUUCAUUUUAGACUUUUUUUUUUAGUUUUUUUUUUUUUUCUCCUAAUAAAUCGUAUGCAAAAUCGCCAACUACAUACCAUUAUAAUAUUGAAUCACUAAUUUUAGGCAAGUCGUUUAGAUAGAUCUCCAAGUAAUCAAUACUCAAAAUAUUCUAUUUAUAUACAAUUUGUACAUGAUAUAAAAACUGACUAUAGCCGCUGAUCAGCUUAUCCCAAGUAAAUUAAAAAAAAAAAAGAAGAAAAAACAAAGAGAAGAAAAAAAUUGCAUAAUAUUUUUCUAAACUAAUUAAACUAUGACUAUUUACCAAUGUGGUUGAAUUAAAAAUUAAAUGCAUCUCAUAUAAAAAAUGUUAAUCGUACUUGGGGAGCUAUCGGCAUCUUUUUAAUGUCAAAAUCACAUGGAAAAAAACUAUUAUGAUAAAUAAAACCGCUCAUGCGUCAGCCAGCAUAUCACCUUAAGGACCAGAAUUGUUUUUACUUUUUUUUUUCUAUUCUAUUCGUUUCUGAUUUAAUUUAAACUUUUCUUUCCCUUUCGUCAAUCAUCAAUUAAAACAAUUAACAAACAUGAUAUAUUAUGCAAUGAAUGAAAAACUUUCGUAAUUAUUAAUAAUUAGGUAUGUAUAAUUUACAUACCGCAGCACACGUUCGUUGUCCCGCGCAUCUGAGUCACAUUAACAAUUAAUGUAUUAAUUAAUUGAAUAAAUAAUUAAUUAAUUAAUUAUUUAAUUGAAAAAAAAGUUUUAAAUCUAAAUAGAGAAAUGAAAUGGAAAGAUUGGGAAAAGAAAAGAAACAAAACACCACAAUUUUAGAUGUAUAUCGGCCUUUCAGUACUACCUGCGUAUAAUAUUGAGUACGAAAUAUGUUAUAUUUUUUACAAUGUGAAAAAUCUGUAAAUAUUAUAGUGUCGAGAUAUAAAUAUUAUGCAUAUGUGUAUAUUAUAGAUAUAUAAAUAUAUACAUAUAUACAUAAUUAAUAAAAAAGAGAGAAAAAAAACGAAACAAGAAAGAAGAGAAAAAAAAUUAAUAAUUAACUCGAAUGUGGAAAGAUUCUGAAAUGAACGAUAGCCCGCGGUGGAAAAUUGUGCACAGCUUUUUUUUCCAUCUACGACAUUUUUUAAUGUUGUUUCAGAUUAUUAUCAUUAUUACUAUUAAUAAUAAUCUUGUAAGUAUCAUUAUUACUACCAUUAUUGUUUAUAUUGUUGUUGUUAUUAUCGUCAAUAUUAUUAUUGUCGUUGUUGUCAUUAUUGUUGUUAUUAUUGCCGCAUUCCUCGUAUCACUUUUUUCUAAAUUUUGGUCACUCUAAAAUCAAAUUUGAAAACGUAAAUCGUUGAGAAGAAAACCAAAAUUAUAUCUACCUCAGUCUCUUAACGCAACACAAAUUGAUAUAUUCUUUUUCUUUGUAAUAUGUAUUUUCAAUUCUGAAUGAGGUCGGCUCUAUGUGUUAAUUAAUUUUCUUCACGUCUUCCUGUUCGUUACUUUAAAUAUUAUACUUACGUACAUCUGUAGUAUAAUUGACCCUCUGAUUUGCAGUAAUGAAGUCCAAUUCAAUAACGUAAAAAAGCGUCAAGACCUGGGUGAGAUUUGUAAAAAAAUAUAGUAUAAUAUGACAUAGAAGGAAAAUAUGAAAAAAAAUCAAAAUUGUAUGACUCACGAAUACUUCGGAAUGCAUUUCCAGCGUACUGUUUAUUUUUCUUUUCCAAUACGUAUAUGAAUGUAUAUAUAUAUAUAUAUAUAUAUAUAUAUUUUAAAAAAGCUGAAACAAAAUUUUGUUCCACUAUUUUAAAUGAUAUUAAACAUAGGUAUAUGUAUACGUUGUGCGCACAAUUUUCUUCCGUGUGUGAAGUUUUCGCAUUUUUUUUUUUAUUUUCUUUUUUCAUCAUUAACCAUUGUAAUAUGGCAUCUUGGCAAUAUCGCACAAAUAUAAUAUAGAAUGAAACAGACGAAA